UGUGAAGCACAAAAUGAAUCUAAGUUUGAAAACAUUAUCCAAUUUAAAAAAAAAAGAAUUCACAUAGCAAAAAGUGUUCAAAAAGGUUUUAUUUGUUAGCCUUCCAGUUGUCUAUACUACAACAUACACACUAACAAGAGAACAAUUGAACAUGACAUGUCCAUUGACCGACCUCGUCGUCCAUUCAUUGUAUUCUAUGAAUUGACUAGUCAAAGAAUUUAGGUGAACUGUAAAUAUUAUUUGAUUGCCGUCCAAACGUAUAUAGUUAUGUUAAAACAGUAUAACGAUCAGUAAUCCCCGGAUAACAGCGUGUGGGCGUCCGAAAGUAUCGUGCGUACACCCACAGAUUUCAACAUAAGGCCCCAAUUUAGUAGCCAUUCAUUCAUUUGGAUAUGUUCAUUUAAAAAUGCCGAUAUCGCUGAAUUUGAACGUUGUUUUAAAUUGCCAACAGUCAAAAGUUUGGUCCUUUUAAGGUUCGAUUUCGGAACGAAGGACCGAAACAUAAAUUAGACGGUUAAGAUGAUUUAUCGGCAAAAACACUGUACUCAAUAAUAGUAUUCAAAAUAUUUGUGACACACGGCCUUUAAUACAAAAAGUAAUGAUUUAACCUCCUAAACUGGACGAUUAAGUCCUAUAUGUAUAGCGAUAUCUUAAAUACUUGGUCCUAAGCGGCAGAUGAUCUCAGUCCUUUUACAAAAGUGUUUUGUUCAGCUUAUUAUCUUAGUCGCAGCAAAAAGGUUUCACUAAGCAAAAUGCCAGCUAUUUAGGAUGCCGAAACAUUACUUGGGCGUUCUCGCGGCACCAUAGGAGACGUCUAAUUAGGACUCAGAAGCGACUCGACGAUUUCAUUACGAAUGUAUGAAGCUGAAGGCAGGACGUGGCUUGCAAGCACACGAUCUGUACAACGCUCCUUCCUUAGCGGAAAACGACCAAUUCAAGCAGACACCUGCUACUCCUUUUGUUACUGCGAUACCUCGAACAUUAUAUGUUUGGUUAAGGGACGAGGGAGGUCGAGUUACACUGGCCUUGGCGUCCCUACCUCUUUCCUGCACCGAACGGCAAAAAGUCGAACGUGUGGGACUGCAGACGAACCCGUUUCUCCAUACAAGGUACUCCUCGACAAGUCGCUUCCCAACGCACCGGCUCACAUAAUAUUGUUAGCAGACGCCGAUAGCUUUUUAUGUCGAAUGCAUUAUUCGAUACUCAUUUAAAAUUCUAACAUACGCUUAUAAAGAAAGCUUGCCAUUUUCAUGCGGUCCCCUGCUGACGGCGGUCGUUUCGAUUUCAUCUUACAAUAUAAGAUAAGCUAGUGAGGAAUAUACUUAUAGUACAUAUUAUUAAGUAGUUUUAUUGCUUAAAUUUAUUACGCAAAUUCGGGGCCGGCUGGCUCGCGCCCACGCGCUAAAAAUCGCGGGGGCGAUUCUUGGAGGCUUCGGCGCGUGCUCAAACGCGCGCGCGCACCGACUGACACACACGCGCUUACUAAAAAAACUCAAAAGUAAAAAAAUAAAACGUUAUACGAGUUCAAAUUUCGAAAACAGUGACAGUGGGUAUUGAAUUGUUAGUUCGAAUUUUAAGAUUAAAAUAGUGCGUUCAACGUUAAAAACUAAGUCGAUGGUCGAUUUGGUUUUAUGAAUGAAGUGUUGUAGGAAGUGACGACAUGCAUAGUGUUGUGCCUGAGCCUGCGAGUACGGUGGGCGAUUUGUUGACAAUGAGCGCUCAAUAGAGGGGAAAAGGAUGUGGUUAAUGGGCGCUGUGUGCGUGCUGUGCGCAUGGUACAGCGUGGCCGCGCAGUGGCGCUGUCCGGGGCUGUCUGCGCGCCCGGCGGCCGAGUGCUCCUGUGAUCUGCCGCAUACGCUACGCUGUGCCGGCGACCAUACUGCUUUGCAGAUAAUUGGUCGCCAUCUCAGAGAACAGAAGUCACGUAACAAGAACACUGCGGUAUCUCUCCUGGAUUGUGCACUACGAGGAGUGUCAGUUCUGUCUUCUGCAUCUGUAUCGGAACUGGCUGGUGUAGGUCUGCACGGGCUGGUGAUAUCCUCAGGGGAUAUCAGAAGGGUACAGCAAGGGGCUUUUGAAACCGUUGCUGCGACUUUAUUUGCUUUAGGACUACCAAACAAUCAAUUGCCUAUCGUCCCCACGGAGGCGUUAGCACGACUAUGGAAUCUAGAUCGACUGGACCUAUCCAACAAUAAAAUCCAUACUCUAGACUCAAAUUCAUUUAAGGGCAUCAAAAACCUAACCUACUUGGAUAUAAGUGACAAUCAGCUGACGGACAUAUCUGCAGAGGCUUUCACACCUUUAUUAAAACUUAGUGUAUUACGACUUAGAGGAAACCUACUGAAAGUACCAGCGUUAGCAUCAUUAAAGCAAGCCCACAUGCUUCGCGAUCUAGACUUAUCAAGCAACGCUCUGGAAGGACCGUUGGGCCCCACUACAGUGCCCACGCUAACCCUUUUGACGACACUCCAGUUAUCUGAUAACACUUUUGCGAGCAUACGUCGUGGUGCUUUGUCAGGUCUAACAAACUUAACCCAUUUGAACUUGCACAACAACCAAAUAGAUGUCCUCGAAGACUACGCGUUCAAACAUAUCGCCAACUUGACACACCUGGACCUAUCGCAUAACGAGAUUGUCGCUGUUUCUGGAGCAUCACUUGCCCAACUAACGAACCUAGCUCACCUGGACCUCUCGCACAAUUUCCUCCGAUCCCUGUCAGCUGAGCCGUUGAAAUCACUGCGACUGCUGACCGAACUCCUUCUUCACGAUAACGACAUAUCGAUGAUAGAUGAUGGAGCUUUGGCGCUGCACAAGGACCUCGCCCGAUUCACCAUUGAAGAUAAUCCUCUUAAUUGCGAUUGCCUAAUGGCCGGAUUCGCAAGGUGGUUGAGAGAGGCAAAAAACCUGCCGCAAACUGAUAAGUCUGCAGCCGUGUGUGCUACCCCCCCUCAUUUGGAAGGUGCACUGCUAUCUAGAUUAUCAAAGAACAAACUUUGCGAUGAUUUCGAACAUACGGAAUUGAAGAAGGAUACGAAUUACGAUUUUAAUAAAGUUUUAGCGAAUUCUAUUGUUAAUGAUUACAAGACGAAUGACGAUGGAGGUGAUGGAGAUAGGGAAUUAUAUGUUGAUAAACAAGAUGGAUUGGAUGAUGAUCUGUAUGAUGAAGAGUUGGAGGUUCCCGCUGAAGAGGAUCUGCCGAUAUCUGAUGCUAAGGUACGUCUAAUAGACGCGUGGUACGAUGACGAAGAAGUCCACCUAUCUUGGGUGGUGGAACCACUCUCGACCAGCCGGUUCCGCUGCACUGGAGUCACGGCAUCAAGAGCUGGUGGGCUACCGAAGCACGUCGCGUGCCAUAGAGCGAGUCCCGCCAAUGUGGUGCUGCGAGGACUGAAGAUUGAUGUUGUGGAUCAAUAUACAUUCUGCAUAGCUCUGGAAGAAAUGGAUAGCUCUGACGUGCCACAAUCCUUGGUGCUGGGGUGUGGGGUUCCACAACAAGUGAGGCGACGAGCGUCCUUUGCCACUGUAGUGCCAAUAGUGGUGACAGCAGCACCAGAAACCAAUCCUUUGAGGGUAUCCGAAGUACGUUCAAACGUGACCAGCGAUGGUGUUCUCACAGUCCUGAUAUCAGUACUAGGACUCCCGCAAAGACCGCAAUACGUGCUACCUCGCUCCCAAAGACUGUCCAAUGACAUCAGACCCAACAACUGCUACAUCGUCCUAGCAGUACUUUCCCGAGGCUCUCUCGUAGCCCAAAAGGACACCCCGUGCCAAUCGACCCUCGAGAUAUCCAUGGAUGGCUUUGUAAGAGGACCAUACGAAGUGUUUACGAGAUGUCAGCUGACCCGGGAACUGCUCAAAAUUAAUUUCUCGAGGACUUUUCUUAGUAACUGGGUAUGCUUGAUUGAACAGGAGAGUGACAGAAACACUUCUGCCUUAGUCGUGAAAACGUCGAGAAGAAAAUACUAUGGACUAUUUCAGAUUGGAAGUGAGUGGUGCAAAGAGGGAAAGAAGGGCGGCAAGUGUGACAUCACAUGCGAAUCCUUACUAGACGAAGAUAUCAAGGAUGACAGUGUAUGCGCCAACAAAGUCUUCGAACAAGAAGGGUUUAAGUACUGGUCGAAGUGGGAGGCGCGGUGUAAGGGGCACUCGCUACCUGACAUAGAAAAGUGUCCAGACUGGGUGCAUCCGCCACCGAUCAGGAGCUCUCCUCCGCGCGACAAAAGAACAGCGAGGGGCAAGAGAAAUAUCCGAAGGUUCUCCAGAAGAUCAAUAAUGUUGAACCCGUUAAUUUAGACUGUGACUAGGAUAAGAAUCUGUUGUUGUGUCCUUCACACAUGAAGUUGAUUAUGUUUAAUUUGAUCGUCACUUGUUUUCCUAUUGUUUAUUUAAAAAUAUUUAAAGAUUUUUCGAAAAGAACAAAAGAAUAAUUGGCUUUUAUUCUGUGGAGUUCAUAUAUAGUUUAGAAACUUCUUACAGAAUAAUUAUGUGAUUCUCAAAUUUUGUGAUUAUUUUAUGUACCCGUGUAGCUGGUCUACAUUUAAUAUUUUUCUGUGAAAAAUCAAGAGUUGUGUUGCAGUUCAUUACUUUGCAUUUAAGUAUAUU